AUGUCAAGCAAAAUGAGCCACCCAUCCAGCUUGUUCGACACCCAAAUAAAACCUCGCCUUGAAGAUCAGAUCCACAAGAUACUGGAUCCUCUAUCCGAAGGCCAGGCGAAGCAAGUAAAUACUUGGCUGGAAUUGUAUACAGAAACUGCGGACUCGCUGGAGAAGCGAUCUUCAUCACGGCGAUGCGUCAGACGUCAUGCUCAAUACUUCGCCAGGAAAGUGUAUGCAAUUAGUGCUGAAUUAUUUGUGCUAUGCUCUCUGUCCUACUCCAUUACUGGACUACCAAAGAUCCCAGCAGGGCCAUUCUAUGAUCAACUUGAGCAAUGGUGGGCGGCAUUAGAGGGUCCUCACAAUUCGCUAUUCAAAGUCACUACCACCAUAUGUGGUAAUUUACCGCAGUAUGGAGAGGAUAGAUCGAAUUUUUCUGCAGAGAGCAGCGUUGCUCUUGUCAUAUAA